ACGUUCUCACCGCCGUCGCGUUUCGUCUGUGACUACUGGCCCGUUCGCUGAUAACUCGCGUAGAUAAUAUUAUUAUUUUUUUUUUUUUCACUUCCAACAACGUAUAAUAUUGUAUUGUAUUAUAUUAUUAUUAUUAUUAUUAUUUAAAUAAUAAUAAAAUAUAUUAUUAUAAUAUUAUUCGCGCACAGUGAACUCGCACGCACGCACGCAUGCACGCACGCACCGUGGCCAGCGGUCUUGUAAUAUUGUGUGUUAAUUAGUUGAUAUUACGUUAUACGCGUCGUACUUCGACAAGGAGGAGACGAGACGGCAACGCGUCCGUUAACGAUAACGUACGUGAAUUACGCGCGCACGUAGUUGGUACGGCGUCGGACGAUCGACAUACAUAUUAAUAUAUUAUAAUCAAUAAAUAGUAAUUGGUUUUUUUUUCUCUCAGUUCUCUUGUUCUUGUGCGAUCAUCUGCUUUUACGUCUCAUCUUCCGCUCCGUCGAUCUCGACUCAUCACGACGCGGCUCGGUGACAAUAAUAUGCGAUUGUUAUUGUUCUGCGCGCACGGCGUUCAGCGUUCUAAAAACGGUUCAAAACGAAAUGCGUAAACGACGGACCCGGCGCCAACAACAAGACGACGACGACGACGAAGAAGAAAACGACGACGGACACCACUGCCGCCGCCACCAAAAAUACGUAUGACGACGGUCCCACCACCGACGACGCGUGUAGUUGUCCGUUUGCUUGGCCGGACAUUUGGUUACCGCAUCCACUGCUAUCCAUCUGGUAGCCGGUUGUCGUCAGAGCACCGUAGUUAACGACCCUCAGUCUAAACAUUUCAUCGGCCGCUCACCUCAACUACUGCUCGAGCCACUGGUGAUACUUGUCCGGCUACGGUUUUUUAUUCGCCUACAAGUACGUGCGAUUCGCCAUUACUGAGGAACUUCACUUAGAAACGGGUAUAUGACAUAAUAUGAAAUGAAUAAAAUGGAGGACAGAAAAAGGACAAUUCUUUCUUCUGGAAAUUCCAACACAUCAUUAACUCCUGUUAAACUUCAGAAACUUAAAGAAAAUGAUAAGAUUACUAGUGAAUAUGAUAAUGUUUGGAGUAUUUCAAAAGUAACUAGAGGAGCUAGUGCAAAGAGUUCAGGUUCAAAAACAGUGAUGAAACAUGCUUUACGACAACAGGCUAAACGAAGGCGCAAAAAUACUACUAUUGCGGCUGGAAAUGUAGCUCCUCUUCCAAGAAUUAUACUUCCCUCUAAUCAGAUAAACACCAUUGAAGAUGAAUCUCGAGUACCUACAAUGUUAGAAGUGUUAUCAUCUAUUCCAGGAUUUAGUUUGGUAAAACCACGUAAACGCCCUGGAUCUAAACGAUUGUCGGCUGCUGCUCAAUUGCAGCAAGCAAAGGCUGAAGGUUGUGUUGAUUUAGAAACACCAGAUUCUGUUCUUGCACAAGUUAAUUUAAGAUCACUUUUGAAUAAACAAACGUUUUCAAUGCUACCCCGUCUCUAUCAACAUAAACUAGUACAAAUGUUACCACAUGUUGAUCGGGAAAGUUUAAGUGAUACUCAAUCUGAUUUCAGGCCAUUAUUAAACUCAUCUGUUUUAAAUAAUGAGUUCUUUGCUCAAGCUUGUCUUGAAUGGACUGAUAGACUAUCAGAAGGGGAAUUUACACCUGAAAAUCAGCAAAAAAUGAAAAUGGAUAUUGAUCGUGAAAAAAGUAAACUAGAUCCAUUUAAAUUAAAGUAUUUUGAACCUAUCUGGGGUGAAAAUAGACUAUCAAAUUCAAAUGCUGCUGUUUCGGACUGGCGUAAUCCUAAGCAUAAAAAAACCGAAACUAUCACUGUUUCAGUAAACACACCACCUGUUAAUACUGUUACUAAGGAUGUAACAAUACAUGCCAUAACAGCAACAACAAAAGAGACCACAACAACGACAACUACGAUUACUACAACAACAGCAACAAACGCAACAACAACAUUACCAUCUACAUGUUCAUCAUCUGAUGAUAUUAAAAGUGAAGAUAAACAAUUAGAAUUACCAUGGGAUUCUGUUGAUUCCACGACAGAUUCUACAAUAAAACCAUUAAUAGAGGAUGUGGUUGUACCAAAAUGUGAAGACAUUGCAAUAGAUAUUCCAUUGAAAGAUGAAUUUAUAAGUGAUAUUGAUAAAAUUGAUGAUGUUAAUUUGGAUGAAACAUCAGUAAUUAAAAACUGGUCUUCGUUAAUGAAUGAUGAUCUGGAAACAUUAAUUCCAGAAUAUGAUUGUGUUUCUACUUCAAAAGUAAAAGAACAAAGUGAAAGUGAAGUCCAACUGGAGUUAGAAGUUACUUUAACUCCAAAAAUAGAUGAUGUAAACUCAACAACUAAUCAAAUUCCGCCAAAUGAGCCAAACGAGCCAAAUGAGCCAAAUGAGCCAAAUGAGCCAAAUGAUAAUAAUAUAAAUAUGAAUAUUAUUCAAGAACUUCCAAAAGCCAUUUCUCCGCCUGUGGUGGUUCGAAUGCCUAGUGUUAUUCAACCUCUUGUUAUUAGUUCUUCUAACAGUUCACCGUUACCCAGUACACCGUCUUUAUCGAUAUCUCCACUACUUCAAUCUCCUCUAGAGUCUAAUAUCCCUAAUGAUUUUUCAUUUAUCAACACAAUAUCUAAUAUUUCAUCAGCUCCUUCUGAUCGUCCAGUUCACAAUACAUAUGUGUCAUCAAUCAAAUCACAAGUGAGUUCAAGUAGUGGCGGAUCAAGUAGAACUAGUGGUAGAUCAUCAUUGAAGCAACCACCCGGUGCUAUUAAUUUAGAAAGAAGUUACCAAAUAUGUCAAGCCGUUAUACAAAAUAGUCCUAAUCGUAAUCAACUUAGGUGUCAACUGAAACCACCACCAGCAGUAUUAAUUGGCAAAAGCUCUAUUUUACGAAAUGGACCUAAACCAAUAAGGAACAUAAAUAUCACUAACAGUUCACAACCUCUGGUUGUUAGACAUGUAUUUGCAUCUUCUCGUGGCAUUCCAGUUACAAUGUCUGUUGGACCACCGUAUACAUCUGAUCAACAACAACUAACUGAAAAACAAAUGGGGCAGUAUCUGUUGGUCCAAAGAUCUGGUGGAAUAACAGGUAUACGCCGAUCAUCUAGUGCUCCACCGACCAAUAACAAAAUAGCGCCAAUUUUAAAUGGUGGAAGACCAGCAAGUGUAGGUAUACAAGUAUCUACCUAUGGUCAGUCACAGCAAACAAAUGAUUGUUCGUGUAGUCUUAACGCUAUGGUAGUAUGUAAGAAAUGUGGAGCAUUUUGUCAUGACGAUUGCAUUGGCCCAUCCAAACUUUGUGUUACGUGUCUUAUUCGAUAAUAAAGCUCAAAGUUUGAUACUAAAAAUAUUAUCAUAAAAUGUAACACAAACUAAAUUUUGAUCAGGUUUUUCACAAAUUUAUGAAGUUUUUAGUUAAAAAAUUAUUAUUUUUAUUAAUUGACUUAUUGCCUAUAUUUAAUUUGUUUUAUUUUAUUUUUUCAAACCCUCAGUCCUAAUUAUAUUGUUAUAUAUAUGUAUAAGUUGGUCCUUUUAAAGCUAAAGUAUUGACAAACAUUAUCGAUAAAUACUAAUUCAUACCUUACUUAAUUGUUCACUCUCAUUGACCAAAAAAACCCCUAUUACACAAAAGCAAAUAUAAAUAAGAUUAAAAUUAAUUAUUUAUUUAUUAAAAUAAAUUUAAAAAAAAAUUAAAACAAAAUGUACAUAGAUUUUACUCCCACCCUAAAGAUAAUCAUGUGUACUUAUAAGGUAAUUUUUAAACAUCUGUUAUGUAUUUUUAAACUUUUAAGUUAAAUCAUUACUCAUAAUAGAUAAUAACCAUAGAUACAAAUCAAACAAUUUCUCAUUAAUAAUGUGAACAAUUUGCAUAGUUGUUCUUAUCAUAUUAUUUAUAAUAAUAAUUAGCUCAUGGAAAUAUGUUAGGUAUAUAAAAUAAUAAUACUUUAUAAACAAUAAAAAUAAAAGUUAAUGCAUCAUUAUGGUUGAGUUUUCUAGAAAGUUAAUCUUUAACUUAUUAAAUUAAUUUAGUUUUGUUUUCAGAAUGUAAAUACCUACAAUAAUAAUAUAAAAAUUACCUUGUAUAAGUAUAGCAUUUUAAUUAUUAAACAUUUAACUAAAGCAUUUUAUACAAUUCCAAUAGUUAAAAUAUUUCCCGAAUAUUUAUUCAGAUGUCCUUACUUAUUAAUAUUGUUAUGUAUUAAAAUUUAUAAUAACUUAUCACUAGUACAUUAUUUAUAACUAUAUUUGUUUUUCAUCUGUCUUAAAUAUUAUUCUGAUAAUUAAUAAAACAAAGACUCCAUGUCUUAUAUGACUUUGUUAUUAAUACAAUUAUAUUUAAUUUUUAAGUUGUCAAUCUCAAAUUUUCCAAGUUUUUUUUAAUAAAUUUGAUAAUAUAUAUAUUUAUAUAUAUUUUUUUUAUUAAAGUUUUAUUGGUUAUAACUGAAAACAUUUAUAAGUUAAGAGCUUAAUUAAAACUUGUGUGGUGUACAAGACUAUGUUUUUAGAUUUUUGUCAGUUAUGUGAUAAUAUAGAGUAUUUAGAAAUGUUCUCGUUUCUUCUCUAAAGCUCAAAAAUAUAAUGUCAAUAGAAUUGUUCUUUAAAAAUGUGUAUAUUUAAAAUGGAUUUAUUAUAGUUAAAAAAUUGCACCCUCCCCACCACCAUAAUCCAACAUAAAUAAUCAAAUUACAAUGACUGUCUUAGUUAUUAUAUUGAAUAAUUCCAUAUUAUCUUAUGUGCCUAUAUAUUAUACAUGUUUUCACAUUCAGAUUACCAGCUUUUCUUUAUUUCAAUUAUUGAAAUCUAGCAUGUAUUAAUAAUAUGUAAAUAGCAAUACCUAGAAAUCGUAUUGGUUUACAUCUGUAUAAAAUAUACAAAUAUAUAUUACAUUAAAAGUUAAGAUGUAAUUUUACUUGUCACAUGUCUUCAACAUUAUAAACAUUAGGUAAUAUUUACCAUCAAUUAUCUAAGUACUAACCAGUAAUGAGUAUAAGUAUAUUGAAAUUAAAUGAUCUGUUAUAAACUAUCCAAGUCCCAAGCAUUAUAAAAUUAACUUUAAUUUGCAUAAUUAUUUCGGUGAUGGAAUUGUGUUAUCUUAAUAUAUCCUUUUUUGUUUGGAUUUUAAUGGCAUUAGUGCAACAAUGUUAAAACCCAUUUUACUAUUCUUAUGUAAUUGUUAAUAAAUUGUAGUGUAAUGUAUGUAUUCUAUAUGGAAACAUGUGCUUAACUAUUACAAUGAUACUUGAGCAUAAAUUGUCAAAAACAGAAUACCGAAAAAAAACAUAACUGUCAUUAUAUUAAUGUUUUAUUUUUUGUAAUUUCCCUCUUAAAAUAACUAUAUAUUUUAUUAGUAAUGGGUAUAUGAUAAGAAAACAAAAAUCCAAACUGAUAUUAAGUACUCCAUAUUUGAUAACAUUUUUGUUAAGUUUUUGUUUUUUUAUUUAUUUACUUUUUUUAUGAUUUUUAAAUGUGUCCUAAUUUAAAAAAAAUUAAGUAAACAAUUAUAUAAUAAAAUGUAUUGGAUAUAGUGAUAUUCUUUAUAUUUUUCUUUAAUAUUAUUUCCUCAUAUUAUUAUAUUAUUUGUGUAUCAUUUAUAAAUGUAUAUUGUACACACAUAUUUAAAAAACCAUUUAUUUUUCAGAAAAAAAAUGUUGAAUACAAAUUUUAUUUGUUGAUUAUUAUUUUUUUUUUUCAUCUGAUAUAAAUAAGAUAUUUGAUGUUAUAAAAUAAAAAUAUAUAUGAUGUUUUUUUUUAUUUAGUUUUAUAAAAAUACCUACUAGAUACUAAAAAAUUCAGCAUUUAUUUAGGUUAAAAUUAAACUGUACAUAAAUAUAUUGAUUCUCAUUCUGUUUAUGCUACUUUAAUAAUAUUGUUAAUUUACUUUAUUAUGAAUAGGAAUAAUAUACGAUUAUUAAGUGUAUUGAAUUUGUGUUGAAUUAUUUGUCUAAAAUAUUUAUGUUCUAAUGAUCUUAUUGCAUAAUAUUAUGAAGAAUAAUUGGUCAAAUUGUUAUUUUUUAUUCAUAAUAAUGGUUGCAACACUUGAACUUACUGGCUCAUUGGACAAAAUCAAUGGACAAAACAUGGAUUUUGCUGAAAAUUUUUAUAUUUUAAUAUUGAUGUUGUUUCAACUAUAUAUACAUUUUAUUAUAUAAUUGUAUUACUAAUGAAUAAUAUUAUCGGGGAUUCUAUGUAACUGUGUACAGUAAAUAGGUUUGUACAACAGACCUAUUUUUUUAACCUAAAAUUAAAUAUUUCUAUACAAUACUUGCUUAAUUCAUUGAUACAAUAUUGGCUUUGCUAAUAAUUCUUGUAUAAUCUUUUUUUGUCAAAAUGUGUAUGUCUUAAAUCUAUGUGAAUUGAGUUAAUGAAUAAAAUAAAAACAUUCAAAGGUAUGCAACCUGAAAUAAUAUAUUGUAUAAGGUGAGACAGUGAAUAAUAAAGUUUUUGAAAUAAAUAUUUUAAACAGUA